AUGGCUGCGACACCUUCCAACGGUCGUUUAAAGCUCACUCCUUCCAACUCUCCCUUUCUGGCUCGCCCUUCUAGAUCCUCCAGGUCGCCUAUGCGUGGUCGCACACACGAUGCCUCGAAGCUCUCCCUCCAGCGUGUCAUUGGCACAACAUGUACCUCUCCAACAGGCUUCGAUACUCUCCCGUCUGUCUUUGCAUACAUAGCCGGAGGCGCUGUUGUGGUGGUGGAUGUCAAUGGCGAUAACCACACUCAACGUUUCUACCGAGCCCGACCGACCGCCGUCCCACUCUAUUCCGUAGCAACCUUUCAAAACACACCCACGACGCCCUCGGGAACACCAAAGGCGAACGACAGCCGGGGACGUGUAGGCCCGCGGUUCCCUAACUCACCCCACACUUCGUCCGACUGGAACGAGUCUCCUAGCAAUACUUGGACAAGUCGCGAGCGGAUCAAGGCUGCAACAUGCCUUGCGUUGAGCCGAGAUGGAAAAUAUUUAGCUGUUGGCGAGACUGGAUACUCCCCACGAGUUCUGGUUUUUAGCUUACACGAUACUUCUUCUGACAACCCUCUUAUAUCGAUCAGCGAACAUGCUUUUGGGGUCAAUUGCGUUGCGUGGUCUGCAGACACCCAAUAUCUUGCGUCUCUAGGAGCCGCUAAUGAUGGAUUUCUCUAUAUUUGGAAGGUCGACCCUCGAACAGGCGCGGCUAGACUUUACAAACAAAACCGAUGCACAUCAUAUGUGAAGGAUAUGCUAUGGAUGGGCAACUCCCUCAUCACAUUUGGCGUCCGCCAUGUCAAGAUGUGGAAACCUGAUGAUGGCCCGACUAUUUCGCCUACAAAGCAGAAGUUCUUCAGUGAACAGCCGGCCUCUACUCCACCCUCCCAAAGAACCCUACCGGGGCGUAACAUCCUGCUAGGACCUCUCUUGGAGGAUACUUUUACUUGCGCUGCUGUCGUCAAAAACUCCAGCCUCCUCAUUUGCUCGGAAACGGGUUGUGUAUGUAUUAUGGCGGAGGACGAUAGACAGAUGAAAUUGCAGAAGGUCCUUGGCUUGGACUUCUCCAUCUCGACUAUUGCUGUCAAAGACAAUGUUGCCUACGUUGGUGGUAGACAUGGCCAUUUGGCUGUGCUUGACAUUGAGGCUGUUUUGAACGCUCAACCACCGUCGGCAUGUAUCAAGGAGACUACCUUUUGCCCUACAGGACAAGUUGCCCUGGGUUUUCUGGCACACAAGCUUGUCACCAUUGAUUCGCAACAGUCCAUUGACAUCUGGAGCUCAGACCAUGUGCCUGGCAAGAAUACCAAGGCAAUGGCCAGCAUUCCUAUCCCUGGUCAUGGACAGUCUGUUACAGGCAUACAGGUCUUGGAGCGACCAAAUGAUCUGAACGCUUCGUUUUUGACGUGGACAGUUUCUGGGAAUGUUUCCUUCUGGACAUUGGAAGGCCAAGUCCAAGCCUCAAUUGAUGUACCAAUUGGAAUGACUGAACCAGAAAACGAACUGGACUCGGCUAAUCAACUUACCUGCGCCCGUGCAACGAAUGAUGGCAAACUACUUAUUUCUGCGGAUAGAAUGGGCGUGUUACGAAUGACGGACAUCGCCACAAAGGAACCCGUUUUAGACAUCAAGGCACAUACGGCUGAUUGUCGAUCCGUCAGUGUCUAUGACAGGGAUGGCAAAUUUCUCAUGGCGUCCUGUGGACGGGACAGAACUGCGCAGCUCUUCCGCCGGACUGCAGGCGGCUCCGUCGAGCAUUUUCAGACAUUGGAAUUCGCUGCGAAGGUCGUGCAGGUUAUGAUCCCGUCCGAAGACAAGGUGCUAACCUGUUCAUUUGACCGAACAUUACAAAUUUACGAUAUCAUCACAAAAGAGGACGAUCCCGAUUCUGUUGCUGCUAUCCCUUCCAGAGUAAUUUCUCUCCGAGCCUCGCCUAGCUCAAUGGUCUUGGGCAUGGGCCAAAGAACUGUCUUUGUCUCUCUACUAGAUCGGUCUAUUUGCCAAUAUGAACUCAACACGGGACGUAAGAUCUCUUGCUUCAAAUGUCAAGACGAGACAAAAGGCGAGUCGGCUGUUCUUGACUCGCUCUGUUUUGGGCAAUGGCCACCCAAAGACCAAGACUUCCUCCUCGGAACAUCCAACACAGACAAGUCCAUUCGACUAUACGAUGCCCAGACAGGGAGCUUCCUGGACCGGGAGUGGGGUCACACUGAAGCGAUCAACGGUGUUUGUCUUAUCGAAAAUGAUGAUGGAAGCCGCAAGGUUGUGAGUGUCGCUUCGGAUGGAACAAUGAUGAUAUGGGGUCUGGAUUUGAACGAUUCCCCGCCUCGUUCCAUGAGUAGAGAGCCCUCACCCGCCAAAGACUCUGUUUCAGGACGGCCGCCACUUCGCAGGGUCUUGUCAAAGGCUGAGCUAGCUGAAUUCCAACGACCUUCGCCGACAUCUGGUCGGAGGUCACCGCCCCGAACCCUACAGCGGAGAACUUCGCGAUUCAACCUAGCUGCUAGCGUGAGAACGCCUACUCAAGGACUGCCAACAAGCCCUAGUAGCACAUUGGCCGAAGAUACACCAUCAAGACGGCCUUCUGCUGACCCGCGGAACAGUCCCCCAGUGUCUCCAAAGGGAAAGGUUACCAGACGACCUUCUCUUCCCAAUAUAGGCACCAGUGCACGCAAAAAGACAUCCUCGUCAAACUUGCGAGGCUUUGGCUCGCUAAAUAUGGCGACAGAACAAACCUGCCGUCAGCUUAGAUCAUACAGGAAGAAGCUUGCUUCCUCGGAGCCCAUUAGCCAAGAAAAUCUGACAGAGCUAGAUCAGGAGUUGCGACUGACUGCAGCAGCUCUUGGUGACCGGGCUAUUCGAAGCAGAGCCAUGAACGAGACGGUCCUUAGUGGUCUUCUGGAUCAAUACUCAGAAAGACUAGUCACAUUGCUGGACGAAAAGCUGCGUCUCAGUUACCAGCCGAGAUCUCCAACUGAAAAGGAUGGAGACAGUGGAGAAGGAGAUAGCCCAGAUGAGGAGGCCAGGCGCAGUGUUAAUGGAUCCUCAAGUUCGCUUUCUCCUUAG